AAGGAAACAGAACGCGAUUUCCACUCUGGCUCCUAUCAUUAAAGCUGCCGCAUUACGAGACACUUUUCUCUUUUCUUCGACAGGAGCGUGAAGACAAGCAGAACUGGACUCGCAGCUCGGGAGAAGGUGCAACUCCAACAUUUUCAUCGGUGCUGGUGGAAUAAACGCGAUGGAACCUGCCUUUGGGGAGGUGAACCAGCUCGGCGGGGUUUUCGUCAACGGCAGGCCGCUUCCCAACGCCAUCCGCCUGCGAAUUGUGGAACUGGCCCAGCUGGGCAUCAGACCCUGCGACAUCAGCCGGCAGCUCCGCGUCUCCCACGGCUGCGUGAGCAAAAUCCUGGCCCGCUACAACGAGACGGGCUCCAUACUGCCGGGAGCCAUCGGGGGCAGCAAGCCCAGGGUUACCACCCCAACCGUCGUCAAACACAUACGGACUUACAAGCAAAGGGACCCUGGCAUUUUCGCGUGGGAGAUCAGGGACAGACUUCUGGCCGACGGGGUGUGCGACAAAUUCAACCUGCCCUCCGUGAGCUCCAUAAGUCGGAUUCUUCGCAACAAGAUCGGGAAUCUGUCCCAGCAGAACCAGUACGAGUCGAUCAAACAGGCGCCUCACCCUCCGCCUCAAGCCACCAUCCCCUACAACCACAUCUACUCGUACCCGACUCCGAUCGCUGCUAGCGGGGCCAAGGUGCCCACUCCGCCCGGCAUGCCUGCACUUCCCGGACACAUGGCAAUGCACAGGAUAUGGCCGUCGUCCCAUUCCGUCACCGACAUCCUGGGCAUUCGCUCCAUAACAGAGCAACCAAUUAGUGACAGUCCGUCCUUUCCCAGUGCCAAACUGGAAGAGUGGAGCGCAAUAAACAGGAGUAAUUUCCCCCCAGCGAGCUCUGCACUAGUCAAUGGCGUGGAUAAAGCCCACUUAGAACCCGAGGCAAAAUACACACAGACGCCGAAUGGAUUGCCCACAGUGAGCAGCUAUGUCACAGCUCCCAGCAUCCCUCCAUACCACCCGCCCACCCAAGUGUCACCCUACAUGGGAUACAGCGCCACCACGCCGGGCUAUGUGACCGGCCCCACGUGGCAGCCGGCCAGUGGCAGUGCCCUCUCUCCCCACAGCUGUGACAUUGCCGCACCGCUGGCCUUCAAGGGCAUUCCAGGCGCCCGUGAGACUAUUCACCCCGUCACGGCCUCAGCAUUCUGACUGCCCGCCUCACCCCUGAGAGUGGACAGCGGCAGAGAAAGAGAAAGAGAGAGUUCUAUCUCAGCACAAUGUCACCUCUCCUACAUUAUUUAUAGAGCCGCACACAAAGAUCAUACGAUGAUGUGUGCUGCGUCCCCCUCGACCCACUAAACCAACACUGUGCUCUCCUCCUGAUGGAUUGGCAACCAGUGGGAAAACUCUUGUCCACCCAGUGGAUGAACAUCUCUGUGCUCUUAAACAGAAAGCUAGUGGAACAGAACUCGGAGACGGUGGGACUAAAACACUAAGACCACUUCAGUCCAUUUGUCCUGUGAUAUGGCCAUUAAAAAAAUGAUAGACUUAGCAAGCUUUUAUAUUUUAUUUGUGUGCAUUUUUUUGCGAGGUUUUUUUGUUACAAUGAGUCUUACUAAAUGAGACUAAAUUAAUAAAAAAGAAUAUGACGGUCAUGUCAAUUUGUAUUUUAGCUUUUUUCAGGGUGUUAAAAUUUGAACAUUUUGUCACAUUUGUCGGUUAUGUUUUUGAAAAAGUGCUGGUUUAACAGAACACUUUUUAAAGCUUCUUUUAAGUGUAUCCAAGAGUGCCUCAUUUUUAUUUAUUUCACUGUAAGGUACAUUGAACAAAGUGCAAUUCCAACAAGAACGACAUUAUUUGUCAUGGUACGGCAAUUCUACAGACAUUAUAGCACACCCAGCAUUGAUUUCCUCUGUCAAAAUUACAUUAUAUGGGUUAUAAAGCUGCACAGAUCCAAAUGUUGCACAAUAAAAACUGAAUGUAUCCUAUUAAAGUAAUGCUUGACAAAGAACUAUUUGCAAAUCGCUGAUGGGGAGAGUUCUGAGAGCUUGCGCUUGUUGUUAAUGCUGACCAUCACAAUAAAUCCAGAACAAGUGCCAUCAAGUAGGAGGAUGUACUAAACAGAAUAAUUAAUAAUUAUGUGUAUAUACUUAGAUGGAAAACCACAAGACCUAAA